GGUCUGAAGGAGAUAGAAGAGGACUGUGUAUCUCUCUUCUCUUCUCUGUCCAACUGCUUUCCACCUCUCCGUCAUCUCUUAUCUCUCCUCCAUUUGUCUGUCUGGACUUCCCGUUUCCUGUACUGCUGGUACAUGACUGAUCCAGGGGAGGAUGUUGAAGUUCCGUGUGGACAGAAGAGUGAGUCAACAUGACCCCAGUGGACCAGCUGGACCAGCAGUGAGCCCGAUCCAGCUGGAAGAGCCUACAACAAUACACUCCUAUCUACAGCACUGUGAAGUGGAUAUGAAUGGGAAGGUGAAUACUACUGCUGAGAAGAUCACUCACUCCAAAAGUGCCAAUAUGGUGUCAGACCUGUCCCCAGAUGCCCAGCCUUAUACCCGGCCAUCCCAUACUGUCAGAGGUACUUCGAGAACGGCAGCUACGUUUGGCAAGCGGUCCAACUCUAUGCGCAGGAACCCCAAAGCAGAAGUCAACAAACAGGGAUGGCUAUGUAAGCAGGCCAGCAGUGGAGUGAAGCAAUGGAACAAGAGGUGGUUUGUCCUCACUGACAGGUGUCUUUUCUACUACAAAGAUGAGAAGGAGGACACGGUGUUAGGGAGUUUGCCGCUACCAAGUUUCCGAAUCGGAGAAGUGGAGCCUUCAGAUAACAUCACCCGCAAGUUUUCCUUUAAGGUGAGGUUGCACAAGGAAGAGGGUGAGGAUGGGGAAUUGAAGGGUCCUGUUGUGUUUUGCAUGCAGGCGGAGCACACUGGUACCAGGACAUACUACUUCAGCGCAGACAGUCGUGAGGAACAGGAAGAAUGGAUUAAAGCCAUGAGCAGGGCUGCAGAGGUCCAAAGUCAGCCAGCGCAGAGAACAAACCCUGACACCACGGAGGAUCUCAGCCACACCAUGGUGACCAAGGCUCCUAACACACAAAAAGAACAGCAUCCACACACACAAAUACACAGUGAAACAGACAAUGACCUCCCCCUCUUGACUAAGAUCAACGGGGUCAGCAACCUGAAAAAAAACCCACCCUCCAUCCCCUGCUCUGAUCAAGAGGGGAAAAACAGUGAUGGAAGACAAGGUGAAUUUGGAGGAGAAGGUAAAGAUGAAUGAGGAGGACCUAGACCUGACCACGCCUCUCACCCAAGUCACCAUCCAAAUGGCUGGGGCAACUAUGGCCCUUGCAAUAGCGUGCCACACAACAGCAAUAGCAAACCCCCACCAUCCAGGAGUCACAGUGGACCCCGAGCCCCUCAGGGAUGCCCAGAGGGGGGUCUCAGCCCGUCACAUGACCCUAGGGAGCAGCAGGAAAAUGUGGUGCUGAGGAGGGGCUUUGUUCCCAGGACAGCUCCAGAGAGGGUAGCCCAGAGGAAGAGCUCCAUGGCCCAGCUGCAGCAGUGGGUCAACCAGCGGCGGGGUAUGGCCUCCCAGGAGGACAUCAACAGCCCAUCUCGUUACUACCUAGUGAACCAUGGGGUCUCAGGUGACUACUACGGCUACCCUGGUGGCCCCCAGAUUAUGGAGGAGUACCCUCUGUACCCACCGGGGGUCCGACCUGACAGUAUCUGCUCUGUCUCUGCUGUGGGGGGAUACGACCGACACUGGACUGUCGAGGAGAAACGUCACUCGCUAAGGGAUAGACCCCACCACCUGCAUGGACCUCCAAUGUCCAGGGACCAAUGGGGACCACCGUACUAUGGUGGAAUAGAAACAUCAAUGAGACGUCUGUCCAUCCAGCCCCGCUCCAGGUCUGUGCCCAGGUCGCCGUCCUCAUCAUCUGGGGGGCCCUACUCACCGGUGCCACCGAGCUUUGUCUCCCCGGCUCGAUCGCCAUCUGCCCGCUUUGACAGGUUCCCAGGACGGAUGAGGGAUGAUGUGAUCUAUGCUGAUCCAUCUGUCUACAGCCUGAGGAGAUCCCUCAGCUCACCCAAGUAUGACUAUCCCGGUGAUAGAAGGUCCUUAAGCCAAGGAUUAUUCCACUACAACUACCCUGUAUCCCCUUCGUUCCACAAUAAAAUGGUGCCUCCUUUCCAUGAUGUAUACAGCAGAGAGCUACAUCCCACACUGAAGCUCAAUGAGAUUGAAACCAGUAAACUCUUGGGCCGGCUGUGUGAGCAGAACCGAAUUUUGAAAGACCAUGAGGCUGUUGUCCACAGACUAAGAAUGGACAAGGACAGCUUAGAGGAAGCGUUGGUGGGAACACAUCAGGAGAUGGAGCUGUUCCAUAACCAGCCUUUGGCCAUGGAAAAGCUACGGUUCAAAAAGGAAACUCUGCAGAACCAGCUCAUCAACAUCAGAGGGGAGCUCUCCCAGGCCUCCAGUGCAUUAACUACCACUCGUAUGGAGUUUGAAGCAUUAGAAGAUGAGGCCAACGCCAUUCAUGGAGAUCUAUGGGAGCAGCUUAAUGCAGGAGGACAGAGUGAACUGGUUCGUAGGCAUAUCCAGAAAGAGUUUUGGAGAGUCCAAGAUGUAUUAGAGGGCCUGCACAAGAGUAACUUAUCCAGAGGCACUGACACAACCAAGCACAGAGUGGCCAGCGGUGCAUCAGGCUCCUUUAGCACCAAUAGUCCAGCCAGUCCCUUGAGCUCAGUAAGCCUCACCAGUCCACUCAGCCCCUUCUCCCCAGUACUCGGCUCCCAGGCCUCCCCCACCAAACGGCUGGGCCCGGAGCCCAAGUUUGGAGAACAGAACAAUGUCAGUGAUGUGCAAGACCAGGUCCAGGACAGACAAUCCAUCAUGAAUAAAGUUGGCAUUGUCCCACCUAGAACAAAGUCCCCCACCGAUGAAUCACACAGCAGCUCUGCUGGAGUUUCCUGCCCUCAUGGCAGAGUGCCCGAUGGAAUCUCCAGGGAGCGUCCAAAGAGUGCUGUAUUUCCUGCAGAGGUGAAGUCAAAGAUGAGCGUGGAGGAGCAGAAUGAGCGAAUCCGACGCAACAAGAGCAACUCUGUGAGGGACAAGAGGCGGAGUCUAAACCUCUCAGGGGGCCAGUCUCCAGCCAACUACAAAGUGAUUCGUAGGCGUCUAACAGCUCACGAGAUCGACAUUAAAGACUUGGAGGCAGCGGUUCGAGGCCAGGGACAGGAGUCACCUCGGGAAGAAAUCGCUCGCCUAAGACGGUUAAAGGUUGAACCCUAUGACCUGGACAUUAGCAAAGAGCUGAUGACUCCUGACAAGGUUCUUAUUCCGGAGCGCUACGUGGACGAGGAGGAUAACACUCCUCUUAGCCCAGAGGAACAGAAGGAGAAGCAGAAGAAACUGGAGCGGAUCAAGACCCUCAUUGCCAAAUCAAACUUGCAGAAUAUGGUUCCUAUCCUGGACGGCCCGGCAGAGGGGGGAACUCCAGUCAGCUCCCAGCAGCAGUUGCAGGAGCAGGAGAAACGCAUUGAGAUCUCCUGUGCCCUGGCUGCUGAGGCCUCUCGUCGCAGCCGCCUUCUCUCUGUCCAGUGCGCCCCCAGUCCCCCCACCUCCCCGACCAGCCUGGCCCCUCCCCCUUCCUCUGCUGACUUCCCCAACUCCGCCCACAUCAUGAAGGUGUGAGUCAUACAAGCUCAAGCCCUGGCUGCUGUCAAGUUUGAUGGAGCAUCUUUCUAAGGAUUCAAUGGACAUACUGAAUAAUGAAGACGAUCCCGGACAAGUGUUUUUUUUUUUGCACCUUAAGGUGGUUCCUAGGAGGCAAGAGCAAAUUUAUAACCUAAAUGGGAGCUAUUAUGACUUUUAAGUUUAACCGCCCCACUGCCCCCAACUCCAGUUCAUCAACUCAUUAAUGUCUCCUGUUAAAGGCUCCAGAUAUCUUACCAGCUUCAAGGUGUAUAAUAUUUCUACAACCCCAAAUCCAAAAAAGUUGGGACGCUGAGUAAAACAUAAAUAAAAAUUUAAUGCAAUGUUUGCUAAUCUUUUUUUUACACCUUUAAUCAGUUGAAUACAGUACAAAUACAAGAUAUUCAACGUUCAAACGUUUUUUAUUUGUGAAUUUACACUCAUUCUGAAUGAGUGAUGGCUGCCACACGUUUUUUUAAACAACACUCAGUAAGUGUUUGGGAACUGAGGACUUCACUUUCACUUUGCAUGGUAGAGUCUUAACUUCCUUUUUUAGAUGCAGUGAUGAACUGUGUUUACUGGCAGUGUUUUUUCAAAGUGUUUCUGAGCCCAUACAGUAAUCUAAUUUAUGAUUUUCAGCCCUGCCCAAUAAGUGGAAAGAUUUCUGUGGAUUCUCUUCAUCUUUUGAUGAUGUUAUGGAUUGUAGAUGGUGAAAUAUGUAAAUUUUGCAACUGUGCAUUGAAAAAGAUAAGACUAUUUGCCCACACAGUUUUUCACAGUGGUAAAGCUCUGUCUGUUCUUGCUUGUGAAUGACUGAGCCUUUCAAGAAUGCAAUCAUACCCAAUCAUGAUACUUUGAUCUGUUACUAAGUACCUGUUUACCUGUGGAAUGUUCCAGGUGUUUUUGAGCAUUUCACAACUCUCUCAGUCUUUUGUUGCUACUCUCUCAACUUUUGUUUGACCUGUUGAGGGCAUCAGUUUCAGAAUGAGUAUACAUUUACAAAAAACAUUUAUAUUUAUUAGUUUGAACAUUAAAUAUCUUGUCUUUA